CGGUCAUCUACAUUCUUUAAUUUUUAACGAAUGGAUUCCCAGUAGUGACUCCCUCGACUUAGAAUUAUAAAAGCCGUUCUAUCAAAUGCUGAUCAAACACGUAGUACGUCGGGUUUGUGCAGGGUCUGGAGGGUUUAAAGCUUUAAGAUUCUCUUGCUUGCCGAGAUUUAAGCCCACCGACAAGAGAAAUAGCAAAAAUGGAUGAUCCAAUUCAUAGGCUAGAGUUUGAGGUUAACAAUAAGGAAUACGUUCAAGAAACUGCUGUUGAAGUUAUGACAAACAACUGGUUCCAAAACGGAGAAGAAACAAAGAAGACGGACGUAAAUCAAGAUGCUAAAGUACAAGGAGCUUGGAAUAAGUUUGUAGAGCUUUGUACUUCAACAACGAUGCAUGGAGUGGGGAAUAUCUUUGCCGAGGAAGAGAAACCGUUUUUUCAGUCACCGAGAAGGAUUUUUUGGUUUUGCGCUGUGCUGGCGUGUGCGAGUUUUAGCUUUUAUGAAAUCUCACUGAACAUCAAGUAUUAUCUUGGAAAUCCAAUCAAUACUGUCUUCAAAGUUGAAUACGCUAGCGAACUAACAUUUCCCGUUAUUACUCUUUGUAAUAAUAAUCAAAUCCGCAAGUCUUGGGCCAUGAGUUCUCCGUAUAUGAGAGUAAUCCAGGCUUACGCAGCCAAACCUGGCCAACGAGGGUCAUCGAUAGACUGGAACUCGUACAACUGGACUGGCUUCAGUUUUGACAAGUUAAUGUUCAAAGCAGGACAUCAAGUGAAGGAUUUAGUGUUACAGUGUAAGUGGAAAGGAGCUCAGUGCUCUGCUGCGGAUUUUACACCAGAUCCUACCUUUCUUGGCGGAUGUUUCGCGUUUAACUACAAUCAGUAUUUAAAGAUAACCGGAACUGGGAUUGACAAUGCUUUACACCUUGUGCUUAACGUAGAACAAAAUGAAUACGUCGGAAAUCUCCGAAGUGGCGCGGGUUUCCGAUUGCUUUUCCGAGAAGCUCACGAACCUCCGAAUACAGAUCGAUUUGUCAUCGCUUUACAACCGGGGACGCAGACUUUGAUUCCGUUGACCCUGAAGAGUCUUAAAAGCCUUCCCGCGCCUUACGGAGAAUGCGAAGACCAAGAUAACCUAAAGAUGUUCAGUAAAUACAGCGUUACUGCGUGUGUCUAUGAAUGCCGGGCCAGGAUCGGAGGUGAAAGACGUGGAUGUCGAGAAAUGUACCCCGCCGGUAUUCAAACAGAUAUUCCUAUCUGUCUACCUCAAAAAUACAGGGAUUGUCUAAACCCUCUGAUAGUGGAAAUCAAUAGUAAAGGACUGUGCUCGAAAUGUAAAGCACCAUGUCAAAAAAACAACUACGUACCUAGGAUAUCGUACUCUCAGUACCCAGCCAAUCACGUCGCAGAUCACAUGGCAGAACAAAUGAACACGACUCGUCAGUUCAUCAGAGACAACUUCCUUGAAGUCAAUGUUUAUUUUGAGGACAUGGUCAUUGAGACCAUGGAGCAACAGCCGGCCUAUUCGCUGUCUAAUCUAGUGGGUGUCAUCGGCGGAACUUUGGGAGUUUUUAUUGGUGCAAGUAUUUUAACGGUUUCAGAAUUCCUUGAAUUUUUCAUUCUGUUAGUUAUCUCAAAACUGAAAUAGACUUUCUGAAACAAAGUAUUUUAGACAGAUAAAUGACAUGGAGCUUUGCGCAACAUCUCCCAAAAGUAAGAGGAUAAUUUUGCGAUCGUUUUUCCAUUUAUUAUCUAUUAUUUCUUCAUCUCAAUUUCAUAUUUAUUAGGCAGGGAGAGAACAACACAUGGAAUCAAACCCUCUAAACUAACUAUUCGAACUGACGUUAUAUAAUAAAAGUCAAUCUUGGUGUAUUUUCCCCUGAAUUUGUUUUUAAAGCCACGACAAAAGGCGAUGGUUUUGGGAGACACCAUUGACCAGUCAGCAUUAGCCUCGUUUUUAUGCGCAAAAGUUAAGUUCUUGAUUACUGGGAUGCCUGGGGAUGCAACUCCUUCACGCGCUUCAGAGGGACGCCUUCUGUUGAUGUAAUUUCUAAAAUAAGCUUUGUUCAGUUAUAAAGCACGCGGGCGUUGGCAGAACACGAGAGAAGUGUUAGGAAAAGCACGACACGUAUACGUAGCGGUGUGCUUCUCGACACUUCUCGAGUGUUCUGCCAAUCCCCAAGUGCUUUAUAACUCCACACAGCA